AUUAAAAAUGACAUAAAUUACUCAAUAGAAUGCGAUAAAAUGGUGCUCACGUCUGCUGUGAACGACGUUUUCAAUAACACAGUGGGAGAUCUAAAUGACACUAGGAUGGAAAGGGUUAACGAGUCUUCUGAUCCAGGAACUGUGUUUUAUGUGUAUUAUUAUGGCAUGUUUUUGAUUAUUGCCUGUGUAAAUAUUCCAGGAAAUAUCCUGGUUAUCAGAACUGUUUUAAAGACGCCAAAUCUCCGUCAGCCAUGUAACUUUUACAUUGUGAGUUUGGCGGUUACAGACUUACUCAUUGGAUUUGUUUAUCCUGUGUACAAUGUCUCCCAUCUGGAACACGUGCCAGAAAUUAGUCGUCCAUUAGGUCAGUGGAAUGUUUGUCGCUUCUUGGUGACUGAAGUGCUUGCACUGGAGAUAUGCUCAUCCUAUCAUUUAGUCGCCAUCACAGUCACUCGUUAUAUCGCCAUUGUGUAUCCAUUACGUUAUCAUCUCUACGUCACGACGAAAUCCACCAGAUUUGUCAUUGCCACAAUAUGGGUCUUAUCACAGGGUGUAUGCAUAGUAAUGUAUACUAUCUACAACCCAGAGGAAUAUAUAAAUAAGCCUGGAAGUGUGUGUCGAUAUGAACUGAUUUUCUCCAUUGCCCACGUCUGUGUCCUAUUCAUCAUUCAGUUAUUUCUACCACUGCUCAUAAUGCUGGGACUGUACGUACGAAUCGCCAAAAUUGCCAGGACACAGGCAAAAGUUAUAGCCCUUCAGGAGAGAGUUUCAUGGAAUAACAGUCCAAAAUCCAGCAGCAAUGUUAUUCGUCAUGAACUGAAAUCAACAUUUAUGGUCUCCAUUUUAUUGGGAUGUUUCACCAUUGGAUGGAUGCCCAUGAUGAUAUAUUUCUUCUACGAAAUAACUUGCGUGCAAAAUUGCAAUGUUACCCCAUUCAUAAGAGCCAGCUGUCGAAUACUGCUGUUCACGAACUCAGCGGUAAAUGUUUUUAUUUACGCUGGUCGUCUAGCAGCAUUCAGAAAAAGCAUCAGGAAUGAUUUCACAAAACUGUACAAAAUAUUGUGUUCCUGCGCAAUAGAAAGAUUUGGUAUGAAACAUUCCAACAGCGUUUCCUCCAACAAAUCCAUAGCCACACAUACAGAUAUAAGUCAGGUGCAGAGUAACUUAGAUUACAGUACCAAUUUAUAGCCAAUUUUCAUCAUAUGGACUAAUAAAAAGCAUCAGUAAACCGAGAAGGGACACCAGUACAGAAGGCAUAUAGAAAUUAUAAAAAACCCUUUGGUUUAGUAAAUAGGUGUCCUUAUAUUGCGUUUGUCAAUUAUUUGGUUGCUAAUCAUUUGAAAUGUCCAAA